AUGGUGCCAAAUCGAAAGGAAAUGGUUGAGUCAGAAGACAAAGGUGAGCUAGAAGCCGAGGCUGAAGAGGAUGAGGAGGCAGGGUCGAGUGCUAAGGCGGCUCCUCCCCCAUCCAAGAAGCCCAAGCGGGAGAAAGAGGAGGAUAUUGAUCCUGCCUUGGAAGGGGAUAACGAAGCUAAGAAAGUCCGAGAAUGGAGACAUAAAUUGCAGAAGGCGCUUCUGGGGAGCAAAGGGUUACCUGCUGUUGAAGAAAUGCCUGCUCUUGAUCAACUCUUUUCAACUAUCGAAAACUAUGACCAUCCCAAUCUCAUACUAUACCUUUCAUUUUCCAAAAUCAGUAAGGUCAUGUGUCACAUUGCUGCUUUAUCCAUGGAUAAGGUUCCCCGUGACGACGAAUUCAAGUUCUGGACACGAGUGAAAUCAAUGGUCGACAAAUAG